AACACCAUUGGCAGUAUCGUACUCUACUACUAGUACUAGUAGUUUGCAGUGCGCAAAACGGAACGCACUUCUAGUAUUACUGGUUUUAUGAAAGGCAUUAUUUCUUUCGCAUAUACAAAUAUCAACUUUAGACAUUGCAGAAUGUAAAUAAUACGAAAUUUGAAUUUUACGCAUUUGAUGUGCCAAAAGAUUUGCGAUUAUGGUCAAUUUGGAUGAAUACAGAGAAAGUGUACGACAAAUUAGACAAUACGCGGCCGAGCAUAAUGUAUCGGAAACGCAAACGUCAGAAAUAUUUCAAGCUUGUUUUCGACAAUUGGAGGCCAAGUAUUCGAAGAAGUCGAAUAGAGUAUCGAGAUUUUUGCGAUUCACUUUCUUAUUUCUUCUAAUUUCGUUUGUAUUUUUACGUUUGUGCAAUCAAAGAUGGUUAAAUGAUAUAUUUGUAAGAAUCUCACAGAAUUCCAUAUAUCCUACUUUAUAUGUUUUACGCAAAUUGGCUAUACCAAUUGUUAGUUUAUAUCCAUCAUUAUCUGAAUUGUAUGACGAGUGGUGUCUGAUAGAAAACCCAUAUUUCUAUGUAAGCGACAUAGACUGUUGGCCUUGCACUAUGGUCUACUCUGUGCCAGAUUUAACUGGUCACAAUAUCAGUAGAUCAUUCAAUGUUGGUAUACCAUAUACUAGAGCAGAGAAUAAUACAAAAGUCAAAAUAAAAGAUCUGAUUGAUAUAUAUUGGAGUAAUCAAGAUAUCUUUGAUCAGGAUGCUAGAAGAAUCUCUUCCAAUAAUGAAACUUUUAAAACUAUCCACGAUGUAAUGAGAAUCAGAUUAGAUUUGUAUCCGACUGAUUCACUUACUACUCAUGUAUCUUGGAAAGUAAACCGUAUGAAACCUAACAGAAUAUUACGUAAAUUAUUCCCAAAGCCAGCUGAAACUCCAAAUUGGUGGAGCCAAGGCACGGAGAAAUAUAUUUUUAUUGAUGAAUCAGCAUCACCAUCCUAUCUACUGCCUAGUCCUGAAUGCAGCAAUAUUGUGAUACGAUGCGCAACUGGUGCAAGGUUAAUAAAAAUGAUACCAAGCUCAGAAUGCAUUCAACAUUGUAGAUCUUUGACUAUUUUAUUAUCUGCUGGACAUACAUUAUGGUACAAUUGGUGGUAUUGGAGACCUGUAAGUCUGCCAGUGUACAAUGCUACUGAUCUUUCUAUUGGUUAUCUAAUUUCGUUUUGCUAGUGCCAUCAAUAGAAGAAACUCAUUGUCAGUGUGCCAAAAUGAUAUAACCAAAGAUAAUAUAAAGUUGCCUUUAAUAAAGUUUAUAUAUUAUGUUUA